CCUUUCUCUAUUCAUUAUUAUUUCUCAAAAAUAAUUUUUUGCUAAAAAUUUAGAACCGAAUCUGAAGUUUAGAACAUAAACAUUUUCACGUUAAUCUUAAUAAUUCUUUAGAUAAUUUAGAAGUCUUACUAUUUAGUACCUAUGUAUAAUAUUCUUUAAAAUUUGGAGAUUAAAAAUGAAUGUUUCACCCUGUUGUGUCCAAAACCGACCAUGGGCGAGAUGUAGAUUGUAAACUUAACUUGAAUUCAAACCACCCUUGUGGUCCAUGACAUGUUCUGCUUCCACUUUUUGCUAGAAAAUGAGUGAAACUUGACCUCUUAGCCCAAAUAUGAAUUUAUUGUCUUUUACUUUGCAGCUCAAAUAUGAAUUUGGAAACACGUAUACAUCAUCGAUAAAUAAACAUGUCGUGUGGACUUUUCGUAAGCAAACAUUUUUUAAAUACGCACAUGUUUUCGUUCCAUUAUUAAUCAGCAAAAAAUAAAGGACAAUCUACAUACAAAUCUCAAACACUGAUCACUAAAGAUCACGAUCUUCUGAGUCGUUGACCACGCAUUUUAUGCGAGAUUGGGAAACUUGUCUAUAAACAAUAUAUACCACAUACCAUAUUAUAUAAUUUGCCAGGUACAAGUUGAUUGUCACCUCUCAGAGAAAAUUCAGCUGAAGAGAGCAACAAUGGCGGAUUCAUCAGCACCAUUCUUGCCCCAUCUUGAAGACGACGAAGAAGAGACUUCCCCACCGUUGAACUUCGACAAGAUCUUCGAACAAAGCUUGUCUGAUUUCAACUUGUCACAGUUUCUACAAGUGAUUAUUGUCGGACUUGCUUUAACAUUCGAUGCACAACAGAUAUUCAUCACCGUCUUCACAGAUGCAUACCCCACAUGGCACUGUGUUGACCAUAAUGUGUGCACUCCCGCAACCACCGACAUCUGUAAACUCCCUCGGUCAGCUUGGGAUUGGGACGGCGGGUUCAAGGGUAAAUCCGUCAUUUCAGAGUUCAAUCUCGAAUGCUCGAGCUCCUUCCUUAGAAGUCUCCCUACGUCUGCUUUCUACAUGGGUUCUAUCGUUGGAGGGGUUUUCAUGGCUAUGAUUCCAGACGGUUUCUUGGGGAGGAAGCAACUGCUUUUCUACACAACCCUAGCAAUGUCGCUCACUGGAAUCUCGAUUUUCUUCUCCACCAGCAUAUGGAGCUACGCUUUCUUAAAGUUCGCCAUCGGAGUCGCGCGUUCUCAGACCGGGACGUACGCGUUUAAUCUCAUAGGCGAGAGAGUCUCCACCAAAUGAAGACCGAGAGCUACUAUGGUACCAUUUACUCUGUUUGUGUUAGGGUUUAUGUCUCUCUCCGGAAUCGCAUUCCUUGUUAGACACGCUUCUUGGAGGUUUAUCUAUCUCUGCACAUCUGUUCCAGCAGCUAUCCACAGUGUUUUCAUCUACUUCUUCGCUUUAGAGUCUCCACGUUGGCUUCAUGUGCAAGGAAACAACAAAGAAGCUAUUGAAGUGCUCAAAAGAAUCUCACCUGGAAAGAGAGGUUACUUGGAGAAAGUAUCGUCUAGGUUACCUUCAAAGGAAACCUUAGAGCAAUCUCCAAGCAGCUCAAUCAUGGACUUGUUCAUCAGAAGAUGGGCUUUUCGAAGAAUCAUAGUUAUUAUGAUCAUAAUGUUCGGUUUGGGAAUGAUGUAUUACGGAGUUCCAUUAGCGGUUAGAGACAUAAAAGUGAACAUCUAUUUAAGUGAAGCUUUAAACGCAAUGGUGGAGUUACCUACCUUUGUUAUCACACCAAUCUUGCUGGAGAAGUUCAAUAGAAGAAGCUCUGUGCUUGUGAACUGCUUGGUCGGGGGAGCAUUAGGAGUGUUCUGUUUCGUCUUGACCACGUUAGGGCGAACGAACAUUGCUUUUGUCUUUGAGCUUUGUUCUUUCUUCUGCGCUAGGAUCGGGUUUAACCUUAUGGCGGUUUAUAUGAUUGAGAUGUUUCCAACGUGCGUGAGGAACUUUGCAACUACGAUGCUUAGACAAGCGCUUGUAAUAGGAGGAGCUUGUUGUCCGAUCAUUGCUUCGGUUGGAAGAAAUGUUCCGUCCAUCUCUUUUGCGGUUUCGGGUCUUGGGUUUUUUGCUUUGCUUCUUCCUGAGACUAAAGGGGCAGGUCUUUGUGAUACAAUGGAUGAACAAGAGCAGAGUGACCAAGCCAUGAAGAGUAGCCAUGUUAGUUGCUAAAAAUGUUACACUAAACUCUGUCGUGUUACACUAUAGAUGUAACCAAACCUACCGGUUCAGCUCCGAUUGAUAAAACCAUAUUUUAUUUUC